UCGUGCUCCCAGUGGAAGAUGGCGGUGGGGAUGCUGUCUGGAGCUGGAGCCGAGAACUCGAUUUGCACAAGAAGCCAACCCGGAUGGGUUUAAAGAAGAAGAAGAAAAAAAUGAACUUAUCCCCUUAUGUUCUCUUCGAGAUCUGGACUCAUUUAAGGUGUUUUAACUCGUGACCGCUGCCUUUUUUUUCUCUGGCAGAAAUCCGGGUUCUUGUCGUGUAUUUACGGACUAUACAUUGAUAGCUCCGCGCAUAGACAGACAGGGUGGGAGUUAAAGAAAAAGUGGAGAAAAUGUCGGAUACAAAGGUAAAAGUUGCAGUGAGAGUUCGGCCCAUGAACCGCAGGGAGAUUGAACUGAAUACAAAAUGUGUCGUGGAUAUGGAGGACAACCAAACAGUUCUACACCCUCCACCCUCAAAUGCAAAAGGAGACAACAGAAAACAACCCAAGGUGUUUGCUUUUGACCACUGUUUCUGGUCCAUGGAUGAAUCCAACGUUCCCAAAUAUGCUGGUCAAGAGGUCGUGUUCAAGUGCCUUGGAGAGGGAAUACUUGAGAAUGCAUUCCAAGGAUAUAACGCCUGCAUAUUUGCCUAUGGACAAACAGGUUCAGGCAAGUCCUUUUCCAUGAUGGGAAAUGGCGAGCAGCCAGGUUUAAUACCCCGCCUGUGCUGCUCGCUGUUUGAGAGGGUCCACAAAGAGGCGAACGAGGCCCAUUCUUUUAAGGUGGAAGUGUCCUACAUGGAGAUCUACAACGAGAAGGUCCGUGACCUGCUGGAUCCCAAAGGGAGCCGCCAGUCCCUGAAAGUUCGGGAACACAAAGUUCUAGGUCCAUAUGUGGAUGGUCUUUCGCAGCUGGCUGUGACCAACUUUGAGGACAUUGAAGUGUUGAUGUCGGAGGGCAACAAAUCUCGCACAGUUGCAGCCACUAACAUGAAUGAGGAGAGCAGUCGAUCACAUGCCGUCUUCAGUAUCAUUGUCACACAAACACUCUAUGAUCUGCAGUCUGGGAAUUCAGGGGAGAAAGUGAGCAAAAUGAGCCUGGUUGACCUGGCAGGAAGUGAGCGAGUAUCCAAGACCGGAGCUGCUGGGGAGCGCCUCAAAGAAGGAAGUAAUAUAAACAAGUCUCUCACUACAUUAGGCUGUGUGAUUUCUGCUCUGGCUGAUCAGUCUGCAGGAAAGGGAAAGGCUAAGUUUGUGCCUUACAGAGAUUCAGUCCUCACCUGGCUGCUAAAGGACAACCUUGGUGGAAACAGUAAGACAGCCAUGAUAGCCACAGUGAGUCCAGCUGCUGAUAACUAUGAGGAGACAUUGUCCACGCUACGUUAUGCCGACAGGGCCAAGAGAAUCGUCAACCACGCAGUGGUGAAUGAAGACCCCAACGCUCGGAUCAUCAGAGAGCUCAGAGAAGAGGUGGAGAAACUUAAAGUUCAGCUCUCUCAGGCGGAGUCUAUGAAGGCUCCUGAGCUGCAGGAGAAACUGCAAGAAUCUGAGAAACUCAUUCAGGAGAUGACGGUCACCUGGGAAGAGAAGCUAAGGAAGACUGAGGAGAUUGCCACUGAGCGCCAGAAGCAGCUGGAGAGCAUGGGCAUUUCUUUGGAAACCUCUGGGAUUAAAGUGGGUGAGGACAAGUGUUUCCUGGUCAAUCUGAAUGCGGAUCCUGCAUUAAACGAACUACUGGUUUACUACCUAAAGGAGCACACACGUGUGGGUGCAGACACAUCUCAGGACAUCCAGCUCUUUGGGAUCGGUAUCCAGCCAGAACACUGUAUCCUGGAGCUCUGCCCAGAUGGUGAUGUCACCUUGAUGCCCAUAGGGAAUGCCAGGACCUGUGUGAAUGGUACAAUGAUCGACUCCUUAGUACACUUGUGGCAUGGAGACCGAAUCUUAUGGGGAAACAAUCAUUUUUUCAGGAUAAAUCUGCCUAAACGAAAGCGGCGGGACCGCUUGAAGGAGCUGGAGAGAGCUUCUCCCAGAGAGAGCUUUGUUGAAGCGGAUGUGGAGACCGCCAGUGAGGCCUCCUCUGAGCAAGACUACAGCUAUGAGUUUGCACAGAUGGAGGUCAUGAUGAAGACUCUUGGAAACAAUGACCCCAUGCAGAAUGUGGUCCAGGUGUUGGAGAAGCAGUACCUGGAGGAGAAGCGGAUGGCUCUGGAGGAGCAGAGACUGAUGUAUGAACGAGAGCUGGAGUCAUUACGGCAACAGCUGUCUCCUGAGAAAACACCACAGCAUCAGCGCAGCAGCAGCGAACGCCUUACUUUCCCAACACACACGCCACAUGGCAAGCUGCGUCUGUGGACAGAGGAGCGGGAUGAGCUUUUCCGCCAGAGUCUGUCUCGACUCAGAGAGCAGGUGGUGAAAGCCAACACUUUGGUGCGAGAAGCCAACUUUUUGGCAGAGGAGAUGAACAAACUCACUGACUAUCAGGUCACCCUUCAGAUUCCUGCAGCCAACCUCAGUGCCAACCGCAAGCGUGGAGCAAUCGUGAGUGAGCCCGCCAUUCAGGUGCGGCGAAGAGGGAAGGGAACCCAGGUGUGGACCAUUGAGAAGCUGGAGAAUAAACUAGUAGACAUGAGAGAUCAUUACAGAGACUGGAAAGAAGGCACAGAGGAAAUGUAUAACAAAGCAAAUGGUAAACACUGCGAUCCGUUCUACGAGGCUCACGAGAACCACAACCUGAUAGGAGUGGCCAAUAUUUUCCUAGAGUGCCUUUUUCAUGAUGUCAAACUACAAUAUGCUGUUCCCAUCAUCAGCCAACAGGGAGAGGUAGCAGGUAGGUUGCAUGUUGAGCUGUUUCGAGUUAGUGGAGCCAUGCCUGAGCGCCUGUCAGGGGGAGACGACUCAUCUGAGAACUCCAGUGAGAGCAGUUGCUACGAGGUCAUGGACACUAAUGGAGAGAUUGUCCACAUGGCCAAGAGGCUCACCUGCAGGGUGAGGAUCAGGGAGGCCACAGGGCUGCCGCUCAACCUGUCCAACUUUGUCUUCUGUCAGUACACAUUCUGGGAGCACGGUGAGCCCACCGUUGCCCCUCCCAUGGUCAGCCCAGACAAACCUUCACCUCGAAGUCCAGAUGCUCAGUUUACUGUCCAGUUUGAUCACCUCAAGGACUACAUUGUGAAUGUAACAGAUGAUUUUUUAGAGUUUAUAUCAGAUGGAGCGUUGGCCAUUGAGGUCUGGGGUCACCGCUGUGCUGGAAACAGACGUUCACUCUGGGAGUUAGAUGCACUGGAGGCCAAGACCCAGACUCUCCGGGACAGGUGGAGUGAGGUUUCUCGCAGGAUCGAGCUUUGGGUCUCCAUCCAGGAGCUGAACGAGCAGGGAGAUUACACGCCUGUGGAGCUGCAUCCUGGAAAAGACAUCAGCACAGGAGGAGUCUUCCAACUUCGACAGGGUCACUCCAGGAGGCUGCAGGUGUGCGUGAAGCCAGUCCAGAACUCAGGCACUUUGCCUCUGCUGGUGGAGGCUGUGCUGUCUGUUUCCAUUGGCUGUGUGUCGGUUCGCUCCACUAAGCUACAGAGGCCACUCGACAGCUACCAGAGAGAGUCGGAAGACGAUAUGGAUAGUUAUCAGGAAGAGGAUCUCAACUGUGUUAGAGAGCGCUGGUCAGAUGCACUGAUCAAACGUCGGGAGUAUCUCGAUGAACAAAUUAAGAAAAUCAUAAACAAACUUGAAAAGUCAGAGGAGGACAUUGAGCGUGAAGCUCGGCUGGUGGAGCAGUGGGUUGGCCUGACUGAAGAGAGAAAUGCAGUGCUGGUACCUGCACCUGGCAGUGGCAUCCCUGGAGCUCCUGCAGACUGGGCUCCACCUGCAGGGAUGGAGGCACACAUUCCUGUUCUCUUCCUGGACUUAAAUGCCGAUAAUCUGACAGUGAACGAACAGCUGACCGGGCCUCACGCAGCAGGCGUUAACUCUAUCCUGCCCAAAGAGCAUGGAAGCCAAUUCUUCUAUCUGCCCAUCAUCAAGCACAGUGAUGAGGAGGUGUUGGCAGUGUGCUCCUGGGACUCUUCCAUUCACGAUUCUGUCCACCUCAACCGGGUCACUUCACCUAAUGAACGCAUCUACUUGAUUAUUAAGGCCACAGUGCAGCUCAGUCACCCUGCCUCUAUGGAGCUGGUGCUCCGCAAGAGGAUUGCUGUCAACAUCUAUAACAAGCAGAGCUUCACUCAGAGUCUCAAGAGAAAAAUGUCCCUGAAGAACACGCUUCACUCCUCUGGUGUGAUUUAUGAGAUUGUUUCCAACAUACCAAAGGCCUCAGAGGAGCCAGAGGAGAGGGAAACCUUGGCCCUAAUGGCUGCUCGCGGCGACAGUGAGGAGACCAAGGAUGGAGAAACCUACAUAGAGAAAUACACACGGGGAGUUCUGGAAGUGGAGAACAUCCUGAGUCUAGAGAGGCUGCGGCAGGCAGUGACAGUGAAGGAAGCUCUUGCUGCAAAGGGGAGACACUUAAGAAGGAGUAUCAGCACACCAAAUGUACAGCAUUCUUCAUGUUGUAAGAUUGACCUGACUGGCUGUGAGGAUGAGGAGUGCAAGGACCACUGUGAUCAUGUGGACAACGGCAGCUGUAACCCUCAAGACGGCAUCCUUUGUACCACACCCAUCAAAAGCAAGGAGAACCCAGGUUUGGUUCCAGACAGUCCUACCUUUUUCAGCGCCAGCCCCUUCAAAGUCCUCUCGCCUCAGCCACCUAAAUUCCUCAAGUCGUUGCUUCCUGUCAAAGAGGAAAACAAAGCAAAGAAAACCCUGGAGGCCCGCCCACUACUGGGACAAGAGAGCAUGCGCUCAUGUGUGGACAGCCCUGCACUGCUCCCCUCUCCCUGCUCCUGGCUCCGGCCCAGGGCAGGCAGCGAGGGCCACUGCAAGCCUUCCACUCCAAUCUCCACCUCCAUCUCCACUCCCACCAGCAGACAGCUCAACCACACACUACCACACACUGCUCAUGACUCAGAUGACGAGGAGCCUGAUGUGGACAUGACUCUGAAUCUAAAUCAAAGUCUGCAGGACCAAAGUGGCUUCCAGCCUUACAUCCCAGAGGACUUUGCAAACUUUGAGGUCUACAACGCCACUCUGGAGAGCCAGGAUGGGUUUCGCUCUGACUUAAAAGGAAGCCGGUGUGGAGGUGGAGAAAAAGAGAUGUCCCGAAGCCCCACGGCCAGCAGCUGCACCAGUGGCUAUUUUUCACACAGUGCCUCCAACACCACGCUGUCUGACAUGCCUUUCAGUGCCAGUGAGAGCUCUGACCAUCUCAGCUGCACCUUUAGAGAUUCCCAUGAUACUCCAGGAUGCCCUGCAGGAAGAGGCUACAUCCAGACCAAAAGUGUUUCUGCAGGGAGUGACAGCCAGCAGCCACCUCUUUCAGCUGGUGGGGUUCAUGACCUGCUUGUUCAUUCAGCCUCUUCACCUGUUAAUAUCCCAAAUUGUACAGAUAAGCAGCACUCAUUUCCACUGCCUCACAUCUGUGUUCUUAGUACCAGCCUGGAGUUCACAGACUUUAAAGGGGCUGAUGACAGUAUUAGAGAGGAUGAUUUAGCACAUUUUACAGAAGAAUGGAAGCAGGAGGGGGUGGAUAUUUCUACAAACCAACAGAAAAAAACUGAUAAUGUACAAAAAUGUGACAGUGACAAUCAGCUUUCCUCUAAUGUCUCUAGAAAGACAUCUAAUCCUGAUUAUGAAGACCCUGUUAGCGUAGCUGUGUCCUGCCCUAACACAACAGUGAGUUGCACUUCAGUCAAAGCCCCAGUUUCUCCACCUGACAAAACCCCAGCUCCAUCUCUAUCCCUCAGAAUUCCCUCUCCAUCAGUCCAUCCUCCAGCAUCACCAUGUGUUGUCAAACCUUUAUCAACAGCCCCAUCCUCUGGCCCAGCUCCAAGAGCAGGAGGAGAACCUCCAAUCCAGGAGCCAGCUCAGGGAGAUCUGCCCCAUGGGAGUCCCUGUCCCAGUCCAAAUCCCAGCAGUGCUGAACCCUCAGGGGACUCCAGUGGGGAUGAAAGCACCCCUGUGGCUCAGCUUCCUGACUGGAUGGCACCUGGGGAACAAGUGUGGGUGGGGAAAAGGAGAGGAACAGUUCACUAUGUAGGAGGGGUGGAGUUUGCAAAGGGGAUCUGGAUUGGUGUCAAGCUGGAUAUGGCUGUGGGUAAGCACAAUGGGACUGUCCAGGGCAGAGUCUACUUCCGCUGUCCCCCUGGCCAUGGUGUGUUUGUGAAGCCAUCUCGACUCACCAGAGGACCACCCUCCAUGGACCCAGAACCCCAGACUCUGAUCAGAUAGGACCCAAAGAAGGACUGGUAUUUCUGAGGAAUAACAGGGACCCUAGAGUACCCCUGUGACUGCCAUGGAGACUGAUUUCUGACCACUUAAGUCUCUGAGCUGAUGGAUUCUGUUGGUGUGGAUUUGUGCAUUUAAUGAAGGUAUUUUCCUGUUUCUGUUCACUGAAAAGAAAAAAAUCACUAUGCACAUUUCUUGAGUUUUCUAUAUGGUCAUAUUUUUUAUAGAGGACUUAACUUUUAACUGGAAAUGGAAUAAUACCCACAUACAUUUUCUUACAUUGGUUCUGAACUUUAAAUAUAAUAUUUUUGUAUGACAAUGCAUCCCCUUCUCUGAGACUCAUAAUUGAGUGAUCUGGGAUUUGAAAAUUAAGAAUGUACUACUGUUAGUAAACAUUGAUAUUUACAUCAAUACAAUAUAUCAGGGCUAACCAAAGAACUACGGUUCCAUAUCUGCUGUUACGAGUAAUAUGAUAUUUUUCUAAUGUGCAUAUAUGGAGGUAUUCACUACAAACUGGCGUGUCCAAGUAAAGCUUAGUGCCAUAUCUCGAGGAGUAAUGCCACACACCCUGAACGUUGGACAAGUCUGCAAAACCUGGGAGCUGCUUUCAGGGUGUGCAUUUAGAAAUGAUCUUGUUGAUGUACUGUAACACUGUGGAGGAAGUAAUCCCCAUCCAGCAUCGGACUGUUGCUGUUUGAAAGCUUGCACUGGAAAGGAUUCUUGGCGAGUUCACCAUCCGUCUUCCGUAUUGGACUGAUAAAAUAUUUGUAACUGAAGAACUGUGUGUUAUCACUUAGAUCCGCUGAACAAAGCAGACAGACUUUUGCCUGAAGCUUGGAUGUACUGAUGCCUUAUUGCCCUGCUUGCAUAAAACAAAAGGCACAUAAACCCCAGACAACUCAAUGAAGCAUUCACUGAGUUAUAAAAAAAAAACUAACUACAUUGCAACCUGUAUAUGUAUCAUGAAGCCCAGAGAUAUUCAGGCUGUCAACCUACCUUGCUGACUGAUUAACUGAAUAUCUUUUUAACUGAUUGUCCUUCUGCUUCUGUGUGUUAACUGACUGAUGUAAAACCACGUGUUAAAAGGCAUUUUCUCACAUAGAGGAUCAGAUGAAUGGCUGAUUGUAUCAGGUUACUGAAAACAGUGCACAUUUAGAUUAGCUGGGGAGAUGAGUUUUCCUAGAAACUUCGUUUUUUGUGGUGAAAUGUGGAACUGACUAGAAAUAGCUGAAUAUUCAAGCUGUAAUUUCAAGUAAAUGGAAGAAACCCAAGAUCUUACUUUAAAUAAGAGAACAAAGCUGCUCUCCCUAAUAAGGAGUUGUAAAUAAAAAUGUAUUUGAACAUAGUAUUUACACUAUUAUAAUGUACAGAAUUGUAUUUAUAAUGUAUCUGUUUUAAUUGGUACAAAAUGUUCUAGAAUAGAACAUUUACAAUCAAAAUGUGUGUGGACUCCUUUUUUUUACUCAAUCAAGCUAACUUUGUGUGUGUGAUAGAGACAUAGGGUUUAAGUAGUUAAGUCUAUUAUUGUCCUGUAUCACAUUUAGAUAUUCAGAAAGCAUAGUAAGCAUUCAUUUUCUCAUGUGUGGCUUAUGAAAGGGGGACUGAAUAUACAUCAGUAUGGUUCUUUUUUGGGGGGUUGCCGUCUACAAGGUAACCAAUACAUGAAUUAGAAU